ACGGCUCUUUCUUCCCCGGUAUAUGAAUCUCUCUCUAGUUAGAGCACACAGCCUUUAGAUUACAGCUCCCACCAUUGACAAAGAGCCGGUUUUCAUUCACUUGCCUUAUUUUUUAAUUUAUUUUUUUCGUUAAUUUGGGAUAUUAUUUUUGAGGGCCAUAUCUUUUAGCGAAGCUUUUGUGCGUUGUUUGUAAAAAGGAGCCAUUUUUAGAGAGAGAGAGAGAGAGAGAGAGUGAGGGAGACAAUAUAACGGCUAUAUUUGCUGGUUCUGCGGCUGUGGGAAGCGGAGAUCGAGGUAGGAAGAGGUUGAUUUGGUUUGGAGGAGGGAGACUUUACAGUUUUGCCCAUUUGGCAACCGAUUUUGGGGGGAAAUUUUGGUCAAUUCGUGGUUGCUGAUCUUGUUUUUGAAGCAGUUGCAGAAGUGGGGUUUUGAGAUUGGUGGGAUUUGAAUUGAAAUAUCUGGGUAGGGAGAUUAUAAGGGGAAAAGAGAAAAACAAACAAACAAAGGAAAAAAAAAAACAGAAGCAAAAUGUGGUGGAUGAUGAGUGAAAAUGGUGGACAUUACUGUUCCAAAAAGACUGAUGAUAUCUGCGGUGAUGUGUGUGGCCAGGGCUCAGGCCGAGUUUUGAGCAUGUCCAGAAUCCGCUGUAUCCUCCAUAGCAUUGAUUUAAAGACCAUUUUAUUUCUAUUCAUCCUCGUGCCAACAUGUGUCUUUGGUAUUUAUGUGCAUGGACAGAAGAUCUCAUACUUCCUGAGGCCACUAUGGGAAAAACCGCCAAGAAGCUUCAAUGAAAUCCCACAUUAUUAUCAUGAGAAUGUGUCCAUGGAGAACCUGUGCAAGCUCCAUGGUUGGAAGAUUCGUGAGUUUCCUAGACGUGUUUAUGAUGCAGUGUUGUUUAGUAAUGAGAUGGAUAUCCUCACGUUAAGGUGGAAAGAAUUGUACCCUUACGUCACGCAGUUCAUUCUUCUUGAAUCUAAUUCAACAUUUACUGGCAGUGAAAAGCUUCUAUAUUUUGCCAACCAUCGAGACGACUUCAAAUUUGUUGAGUCCAGAUUGACUUAUGGUACUGUUGGAGGGAGAUUUAGGAAAAGAGAGAACCCAUUUGUUGAGGAGGCAUAUCAGCGAGUAGCACUGGAUCAGCUUAUUAAAGUAGCAGGGAUUUCUGAUGAUGACUUGUUGAUAAUGUCAGAUGUAGAUGAAAUACCAAGCAGACAUACUAUAAAUCUCCUGAGAUGGUGUGAUGACAUACCUUCAAUUCUUCACCUUCGACUGAAGAAUUAUCUCUAUUCUUUUGAGUUUCUCGUGGAUAAUAAUAGCUGGAGAGCUUCAAUCCACAGGUAUCAGACAGGCAAGACGCGGUAUGCUCAUUAUCGCCAGGCAGAUGACAUUUUGGCAGAUGCAGGAUGGCAUUGCAGCUUUUGCUUUCGCCAUAUAAGUGAGUUUAUAUUCAAGAUGAGAGCUUACAGCCAUUAUGAUAGAGUCAGAUUCAAGCGGUUUUUGAACCCUGAGAGAAUCCAGAGAAAAAUCUGUGAGGGUGCUGAUUUAUUUGAUAUGUUUCCAGAGGAGUACACAUUCAAGGAAAUCAUUGGAAAAAUGGGACCAAUUCCUCAUUCCUACUCAGCUGUUCAUCUUCCAUCAUAUCUAUUAGAAAAUGCUGAUAAGUAUAAAUUUCUUUUGCCUGGGAAUUGCAUGAGAGAAAGUGGGUAACUUUCUUGGAUGACUUUUAAUAUCUGUUUCUGUAAAGCUUAGGCAGAGGUGCAGCUUGUGCAACUCCUUAUGAUGGGCCAAGCGAACAUGUGACAACUGCCAUAUGUCACUUGUGCAGUUGAACUGAAUUUGAGAAAUGCUUGAAGAGUUGGAUGAAUUCUUGGAUUUUCUAGGGUCACAUUAUGUAUAUAGCUUUCUUCUGGAUUUGGCUUUUAUUCAAGGCAGAACAUAUCCAUUUGACCUGGUGGGGAACUUGCUGUGAUGGUAACUGCCCAAGUUAUUACUGGGUGUUUGUGUAUUUCUUAGCAUGGGUAGAACUUGAUUCUCCAAGUACUCUAAAAAAUAGUUUUGAGGUUCUGAUUCCCCCCCCCAUAGGGAAGUUUUGUCAUGAGACAUUUUAUUCUUACGUGUCAUUAACACCCUGAUUCAUUAUAUUUGAUUGCAUUUUGAUCUGUUAUUGAUCACAA